AGGCGAUUGCGAAAUAACGAGAGGUCGGUCGCAGGUCGCCAUUAAGAACAACAACAAAACAUCUGCAAACCUCAUUCUGUUUUCUUAGCUUCCAUGAUCUAGUAAGUUGACAGGAUGGGGAAUAUCAACACCACUGGGCCCAACGAAGCCUUGGUCAUAUCAGGUGGCUGCUGUGGUGCACAGGAGAAGAGGACCAUUAUUGGAGGCUGGGGAUGGGCCUGGUGUCUGGUGACAGAUGUGCAAAAAAUAAGCUUGGAGGUGAUGACUCUCAACCCAAUAUGUGAGAGUGUAGAGACCUCAGAGGGUGUGCCUCUAACAGUAACUGGGGUGGCCCAGUGCAAAGUUAUGACAGAACCAGAACUUCUAGCCACUGCCUGUGAACAGUUCCUGGGAAAAGAUGUGAGACAGAUUGAAAGUGUCAUUCUACAGACUUUAGAAGGUCAUUUGAGGGCCAUUCUUGGUACCCUGAGUGUUGAGGCUAUUUACCAAGACAGAGACCAGUUUGCUCAGUUGGUGAGAGAAGUAGCUUCUCCUGAUGUGGGCAAGAUGGGCAUAGAGAUUCUUAGCUUUACAAUCAAAGAUGUAUUUGAUAAUGUGGAAUACCUUGCUUCUCUGGGAAGAGCUCAGACAGCCAAUGUAAAGAGAGAUGCAGAUAUUGGUGUAGCUGAAGCAAACAGAGACGCUGGAAUCAGAGAAGCUGAAUGUGAGAAAGCACGUAUGGAUGUUAGAUAUGAAGCAGACACAAAGAUCGCAGACUCAUCCAGGGCAUUUCAGAUGCAGAAAGCUAGUUUUGAUAUUGAAGUCAAUGCCAGGAAAGCUGAGGCAGAAUUGGCAUAUGAACUGCAGGGUGCCAAGGAAAGGCAGAGAAUAAGAGCUGAAGAAAUAGAGAUUGAAGUUGUUGAGAGGAAAAAAUUAAUUGAGAUUGAAGAAAAAGAAAUUUUGCGUAAGGAAAAUGAUUUGGUUGCCACCAUUAAGCGACCAGCUGAGGCUGAGGCAUACAAGACGGAGGUGCUGGCAGAGGGCAAAAGGACCCAGACUGUUGAUGUGGCCAAGGCGGAGGCUGAAAAGAUCAGGCUUGUGGGUGGAGCCGAGGCUGCUGCUAUUGAGGCUGUCGGCAAGGCUGAGGCUGAGAGAAUGAGGCUGAAGGCUGCUGCAUACAAGCAAUAUGGAGAUGCUGCCAUGCUUAGCUUGGUCCUUGAAACAUUGCCCAAGAUUGCUGCUGAAGUGUCCGCUCCUCUAAGCAAGACUGAAGAAAUUGUCAUGAUUGGUGAUGAUCGCACUACUGGGGAAAUCAGCCGGCUGGUCAGUUCUUUACCCCCUGCAGUUUCUGCAUUGACUGGAGUUGACCUAUCAAAGGUUCUGAGGCAAGUCCCAGGUGCACAGUAAAUACUUCAUUUCCUUAAAUUCUAUGGAGAGCGCAACACACAACUGGCAGUGCAAGAAAUUUGCAAGACAUGACUGUUUUUCCACAAAUUAGAAACUAGAAUCCAUCACUGGAAUCCCGUUUCACUUACCUCAUUGUGUGAUUAGACAUUUUUGUGUUAAACCAGAUAUUAAUAUAUAUAUAGGAGCUUCUGUUUCUGAUUUUUUGGUGAACUUACAUGGUAAAAGCUCAUUGGUAUUUGUUUUCAUACAAACUCGAACUUGUAUUUGAUAAGAAUUGCAGCUCUACUUAGAAAUGAAAAUCAAGAAAGUUUUUCAGAUGACCUACAUUAACUCAGCUCUUUAUACUGAGAGCAUAAUUUGGUUUUUAUGAAACAGAAAAAGGCUACUAGACAUUCAUAAUCCAGCAUGUUUCAUUUCACAAAGUGUAGAGAUGAUGAGAUAUUGCAAUGCAGCAUGUAAAAAUGUUUAUAGAAUAAUUGCCCUAUAUUCUAGCUGUAGUGCUGAUGAAGAAAAAAAUUGUUUUGAUAAAAUUGGCAUACAUGUAUUAUAAUGUUUGAAGAGCCAGUUUUAGGAGCACUAUAACUAGAAUUAAGAGGCAGAAUCUGCAGUGCAUUCUUGUUUAGGUGUGUUCUGUAUUGUAAAUAUUUAUUUCACUAUGUAAUUACUUGACACUAGUAAAUUUUAGUAUCCUGGAGUUAAUAAUCAAAGGAACUGGUGUGCAGCAAGUGUUGUUUAUAUCAGUAAUAAGAUUUACUACAUAGUAGCAGUGAAGGAGGUGCCAAACUGUCACUGUCUUGAUAUAAGAGUUAUGUUAACUAUGCUAAAAUCAUGGCAGGAUUUUAGAAUGCAAAUAGCAUUUAAAUGUCAGGCAUUAUUUUCACAAAGAAAUUGCUUUACAAAAUGUAAUAGCAGUUCUUGAUAAACCAGAGGGUAUUUUUCAAACAAAGCAAAUUAACUACACAGCCCGUCUUUAUUCAGCAAUUGUGCAAAAAUAGACUUUACAUGUAUAUAUACUCAAAUAGGACUAUCUAGAUCAAUAUCACUAUGUUCAAUGGCAGCAUUUGCUUGUUUAAGGAAAAGAAUGGGGCCUUAUCAUUCAAACUGGUAACUUGAGGUUUUUAUUUUUGAAACGUUGGAACCCCUCUCCACCCCCUCCCCAUUUGUUUAUUAUCUUUUGUUCUUUAUUGUUAAGUUAUAUUUUAUUACAUUAGUAAUGUAAUACAUUGGGCUUUUUAUUUGUCUACAAUGUAUUUUAUACCAUAGUAGUUAAUUGCAUUUUUAUCAUUCAUGUUUAUGUUUGGCACUUUGCCAUUUCCAAGUAAAAUACCAAAGCCAGCGUAUCUUUUUUUAAGUAAAUGAUUGUGUUGGCCCACUUUUGUCAUGUAAUUCCUAUAUGUAAGUAGAUCAAUGUUCAAAGGACAGAAGCUUUCAAAUGUAUUCCCCUCCUUCCCCACAAACUUCUGACCUCUUAGCACAUUAAAUUACCCAGAGGCAAGCGUUUUCUGGAAAGUUAUAACUGAGACCAUUUAUGAUUGCUUUAACCCACUUUAUAUUCUCCUUGUAAUCAGUAUUGCUCCUCAGCAGUUAAGUAUUCUACUAAUAUCCUUAAAAGAGAAAACUGAAUUAACAGUUCUCGUUGUAAAGCAUGCAAGUUUUUAAACAAAUUUCUUAUUUUUUCAGUGAAUUUGUAUUUUAGAAAUUGUUGUUAGUUUGUAAUUGUAUUACAUGUAAUUUCCGUAGAAAUAAACGUACCCAAGAUAAAAAGA